CUGAUAUACCCACUGUUAGACCGAAUAGACCCGCCGUCUAUGUAACACAAGUAGACUAUGAAAAUAUUUUGAAUCGUUUCUCAAAGUUUAGACAAACCUAUUUACGUAGGGAAUGAAAUAUUUCGCGUAACAUUUUGACAUUCGUUAUUUUUGUUCAUAAAGCAUAACAAACAGUUAUCAAGAAACGUAUUUAUUUUACUAAGACAGUGCGAUCUGCCAUUAUUUCGCUAAACCCUUCUAUUGUGUUACUAUUGUACCUGCAAGUGGGCGGAGUUUGCACCCAAAUUACACUGCUGCGUCUGCGCAUAAAAGGUCGAAAAUUCGUGAUUUCGUCGUAGUGCCACAGUGAGCUUCCUUGCAAUCUGUGGAGCACGAAGAGCGCUGCUUGCCUUCUGUUCGAGCCGUGUCCAUCGUCCAUCACAUAAACUUCUCAUUUCAACUUCCAUCAAAUUUAAAAAUUCAAAGGACCUUUUGAACAAGAAAUUUGAUUUGUUACUGUGACGUGGUGUUUUAUAAGCUAAUAUUUAGCUAAACAUUGCAGUGUACCAUACUAUGUUCGCAUUCCUUGUGCGCUACCAUCUAGCUGCUGCAUUGGAACUGUGUUUUAAUAUUGAAGAAAAACAAAAAGAGCUCAUAAACAUGAUGGACAAUGCGGAACAGAGGGAAGAAGAUAACUGGGAAGAUUCGUGGGAGCCGAGCGGCCCCUUUCCGGUGCCGCGUCCCACCCUCAAUUGUAGUACGCCUUCAUUCGAGAGGGCGGUAACAGCAUCAGCAUUUAGAGCGGACGAAAUAAGUGUCAUCAACACGGAUGACGAAACCUAUCACAAUAUUAGAGACUUAGUAUCCAUAUCCAGUGAUGAGACCACAGCAACGGACGACUAUGUCCCUGACGAUUUAUCGUUCUUUGGGGAAUAUUACAUGGGGGUUCCUUAUAACGCUACUUUAGAUAGCGUUUCAUCAAUUGAAGAAAUGGAUUUCUCAGAUUUUGUAGUCGUUCCGAAUGACGAUGCUGACGUAUCCGGUGAGAUUGCACUGGAUUACGUCGCUCCUGCUCAAGUAUCUGUCUCCGAAAUACGUGAGACUCCGGAUUACGUAGUGGUUCAUGAUGAGGUUGCACCAGAGAGCGACGCUCCUGUUGAUGCAUCCGUCUCCGAAACAUGUGAAUCACCAGACUAUGUGGUGGUUGAUGAGGCAUCGGUGUUUGAUAGAACAGGAUCCCCAGGUGUGACAGUAGUUCCUGAUCAAGUAGCACCUCACAAUGACUCGUCUGUUGGCGCGACGACGUCUGAUAACGUAUCGUCUUUUGAGAAAAUAGAAAGUUCAGAUGUAAGUGUGGUCAGUAAUGAGAAAAAAUUCUCAUUUAAAGAAGAAGCAGAUAAUGUAUUUAAAAAAGAUGAGUCCUCAUUUAAAGAGGAAGAAGAAAAUUUAGUUGAAGAGUACGGGUCGUCAUUUAAAGAAGAAGUGUCUUCCUUUAAAGAAGAGAAAUCGACAAUCGAAGAAGACGAAUCAUCAUUCGAAGACCAAACAUCAUUCGAAGACGAGUCAUCGUUCGAAGACGAGUCGUCGUUCGAAGAUGAGUCAUCGUUCGACGAAUCAUUCGAAGAAUAUAAAUCGUCAUUUGAAAGAAUGAGAUUUAUCUCUUGUUCUUUUCCCCCUGUGGCACCACCAGCACACACCUUGCCAAUGCCGAAGUGGGUUACACAAAAAUCUAAAUCAGAGGAACGUCCACAACCGGUGGAUGAAGAUAUAUACAGAAACCCACAGCCAGGACCCAGCCAUGCCCCUGAUUUUAAUAAUGCAGCAAAUGGGUCUGCGUCAUCCGCUGAAACAGACCAACACCGUACACCUGUUGUGCCUAAUGAACCACUCAGAAAUUGGAUUCGGGCCUCCAUGCCAGAGAUAGCAAUGCCAGCAAAUCAUAUUUGGUUCCCAAUGCCGCCGGAAUCUCCUACAGCUCCAGUAGACUUUAGAAACUCCGUGUGGUCCACGGACCGCUUACAUGCGACGCUAGCACGCGAGCAAUUACUUAACCACAUACCUCAGCCAGACGAAGACCGAGUUGCCUUGUUCUUCCGCCACUUCGAGCUCGGAACCGUACCACCCCCCUCAAAGUGGUGAGUAACAUGAUGAAUUACAAUUCCACCGAGUAGUGUACAACUACUGGUAUAUAUGUGUGUGAUCAUGCGAGUUUAGUUUAAGAUAGGUCAGUUUACGCUACGUAUGUGGUGUGUUCUCUAAAACACAUUUUUAAUUUCAAUUUCUAUUUUAACUACAACCUUCAAGCUUUAAUAUUUAUUUAUACACAUUUUAUAAUUCUUUUCAUUCUUACUUCAAUAAUUGACAGUGCAGUUAUUUUUUAAAGUAUUAUUGAAUACAGUAUUAUUUACAUUUAAUUUGACGAAACUAUCAGGGCAGUCAAACAAUUUGAUAGUCGACCAUUUUAUUAUUGCAAUAAUUUUCUAUACAUGGUAUAGAAUGACAAUUUUUCAAUUAGGUACUGACAAAAGGAGAAUACCGUUACGUUAGUAUUAAUAUGAUUUAGACUAUGGUGAUAAUCUUAGUCAUUUUUUGCAAUAAUAUAAUUUGAAAAUACAAAAAAAAAAUAAAAAAAAAUAAAAGAGAUACUGUUUUAGCUAUCAGUAAAAAAAAAAAAUAAAAAAAGAAAAACAAAAAAAAAUUCGCAGAAUUUUGUCAUUCUCGGCAUUUGUUUUUAAAAAAAUAAUGACAGGUUUCAUAGUUAAAGGCAAGACAUUGUCCAAUUGACAUACUUAUUAUGUAUACCCACUGAUUCCCGAAUACUGAAACGCCACUUAAUUUUAAGUUGCGCUUAAGUAUAGUUCUGUCACUACAAAUUCUUUGUAAAAAGACAGAGAUGGCACGAUAUUUAAGUACAACUUAAAAUUUAGUAGCCUUUCAGUAUUCGGGGUGAAUGCAUCUGCUGACUCUCAUUUAGGUGUUACAAAAGUAAUAGGAAGCCGUACAGAAUGAUUUUUAUCUUUUUGACUCAAUUUUAAUGAUAAUUCAAUAAUUGUCAUUUGAUUUUUUAGUUGACAUGCACUUGAAAUUACAAAUUAAUGAUGUAAUGAAUUUGAAAAUUAAAACAUGAGUAAUUUUUUUUAAACGUUUUAUGUGUGUGACAAUUGAUUUAUUAUUUUAAUAUCAAGCGUCUGUCAACUUAGUUAAUAGAAAAACCUUAGUUUGUAGUAAUGUUACUUGAUUAUUAUUUGAGUUUUGAUUUUUUAUUUGCAUGAUCCGUAUACAGGGUUAUGUGUAAAAUUUAUAUUAAACAAACCAUUGUCAUUAUUUUCCACAGCAUAUUCACGUGAGUUUGUAUAUCCCACGAAAGUUUUAAUAUAAAUAUAUUCACGUAACUUGACGAGGUCACUUGACGAGUUUCAAGCCUCGCUCGGGGCUCACAGUCAUUAGUAGCAAAUGACGAGAACGAUCAAUAAACUGGUCAUGUUAUCUCGUCAAUCAGCUACGUGAGUGAAUCGUUAAUUAUAUGUCUUAUAAUAUUAUUAAUUAAUAUGUCUAUUAUAUGUUUAAUAUGUCUUGUAAAAAAAUCAUCAUUUGAAUUAGAAUUUUCCAAAAGUUUAUCAAAAAAAUUUUUAUUAUAUUUAAUUAAAUUAUUUUUAACA